CGCUGUAAGAUACCCCCGCCAAUGGGUCGCUGUUAAAAAUUACCUAGCUUAUUACCUCCGAGCUCGCAACCUGGCCGCCAGCUUUGCUCCUCGGACGGCGUGCCGGUCGACUCACCACACGCUCCCCAGGGUCAACCUUCUUCUUCACCGACCUCUGCGGCUCUUCUCGAGGCCAAUUGCACUCGCUCGCCAUGGCCACCGUCAAGGAAGAAGUGCGCGAGGUGCUCCUCGGCUCCACCGAGGAGCCCCAGCUGUCGCAGCUCACGCGCGCCGCCUUUAUGAAGCACGCCCAAAAAGACGAGUCGGGCGAAUACUACCUCAACGAGGACCAAUUCAUCACGGCCGUUGCCCCCGAAGGCGAAGACUACCACAAGAUCAAGCGAUAUCAGUAUGGCAUUCUCUUUCAGGUGGCCGACCGCGACCAGAAGGGCAAGGUCAGCAUCCAUGACUGGUCCGUCUUCCAGAAUCUGCUUGCAAAGCCCGACGCCGAGUACGAGGUCGUCUUCCGCUUCUUUGAUAGGCGGCGCACCGGCUACAUUGACUUUGAUGAGUUCUACCAGACAUGGAAGGCACACAAGACCGAGGACAGUCUGCCCUUUGACUGGGAGGGCCAGUGGGCGGCGCUGUACAUUGGCUCCAAGAAGCACAGGCACACGAUGACGUAUCCCCAGUUUGCCCAAUUGCUGCGUGGACUGCAGGGCGAGCGGGUGCGUCAGGGCUUCACUUACUUUGACCGCAACCAGGAUGGCUUCAUUGAGCCUGAAGACUUUCAGCGCAUAAUACGCGAGACUGCAAGUCACAAGCUGUCCGACUACCUGCUCGAGAACCUGCCUACAUUAUGCAACAUUUCAGUAGGGAGCAAAAUCUCAUACGCCAAUGUGCGCGCUUUCCAGAACGUCAUUCAACAGAUGGACAUGAUUGAGCUUGUUAUCCGCAACGCCGUGCAAAAGAGCCCCGACGGCAAGAUUACCCGCACCGACUUCCUCAACGAGGCAGCUCGCAUAAGCCGCUUCAACCUCUACACGCCCAUGGAAGCAGACAUUCUGUUCCACUUUGCUGGCUUGGACGAGUCGUCUGGCCGACUCGGCCUGCGAGACUUUGCUCGCGUGCUCGACCCGUCGUGGCACAAGAUAGGGUCUCUGGCCGGGGCAGCAGUUGCUGAUGCAGGACAAAAGGUGUUUGCGAGUACAAAGUCAAUAUGGCACGACGUGCUGGAGUCUGUGCACCAUUUUGCGCUGGGAUCUCUAGCUGGUGCGUUUGGUGCAUUUAUGGUGUACCCUAUUGAUCUGGUCAAGACGAGGAUGCAGAACCAGAGAAGCUCUGGUGUUGGUCAAGUGCUGUACAAGAACUCGCUCGACUGCGCCAAAAAGGUCAUCAAGAACGAGGGAUUCAAGGGCCUCUACUCGGGUGUGCUUCCCCAGCUUGUGGGUGUAGCGCCGGAGAAGGCCAUCAAGCUCACAGUCAACGAUCUGGUGCGAGGCAAGCUGACGGACAAGUCAACGGGGCAGAUCAAGUUUACUUCUGAGAUGUUGGCGGGUGGCACUGCGGGUGCCUGUCAAGUGGUAUUUACCAACCCGCUGGAGAUUGUCAAGAUUCGGUUACAAGUUCAGGGUGAACUGUCCAAGAACGUCGAGGGUGUUCCGCGGCGGUCAGCCAUGUGGAUUGUGCGGAAUCUGGGUCUUGUGGGCCUAUACAAGGGCGCCAGCGCGUGUCUGUUGCGUGACGUCCCCUUCUCGGCCAUUUACUUUCCUACCUACAGUCAUUUGAAGAAGGACUUUUUCGGCGAGAGCCCACAAAAGUCGCUUGGAGUUUUGCAGAUGUUGACUGCGGGCGCCAUGGCGGGUAUGCCAGCGGCGUACUUUACCACGCCAUGCGACGUGAUCAAGACGAGGCUGCAGGUGGAGGCGCGCAAGGGCGAGGUUGCAUAUACUGGGCUGCGACACGCGGCGGCGACCAUCUGGAAGGAAGAAGGCUUCAAGGCGUUCUUCAAGGGCGGGCCGGCGCGCAUUAUGCGGUCGUCUCCGCAGUUUGGCUUUACGCUGGCCGGGUACGAGGUUCUGCAGCGAGCACUGCCGAUGCCGGGAUCAUCGCAGGCAGACGCGUCGAGCCUGGAGCCAUCAAUGGGCCUGGAAGAGGCAAAGGCACCGUUGCCGUACCUCCGCAGCCGCAAUGCACUCAAGGUGAUCUUAGACCUGGACGAGAAUUUUGGACGUCCCAAGCUGGCCAAGGAUGCAAAGUUUGCGGGGAUUCCCGGAUUUGGCAGGCGACCGGAGGCUUAGAGCUGGGGUUGGGGCUGGGGCGUGGGCGGUCAGUGGAGUGGAGUGGAGUGGCAUGAGGGCGGCACGGCGAGGACAAUGGAUACAUGUGUAUAGUGGGUAAGUAGUAGUAGUGUAGAGGCGAGAAGAUGCAGGGAGUAACAGGUUUAGUCUACAUGAUGAUAAACAGUAGAUGGGUAGAUGGAUACAUGAUACAAUACAUGGAUACAUAGUCGCGGGCCAGGCAGGGCAGGGCAGGGCAGGGCGGCGGCUGUUGCAUGUUUCGUUCUUGUUCUGCAGGUGCGUGUACAUGGACUAACUACUACUACUACUACUACUACUACUACUACUACUACUACUACUACUACUACUAC